AUAACUCAGUUAUGUUUAUGAAGAAAUUCAAAUGUCAAUAUUUAUUUUUUAAAAGAUUCAAUAAUUUCUUAUAAGAUUUAUUUUAUAACCUGUCACUUUAUGAGUAUAAAUCAAAAUAUGCAUUCUAUUAAGUAAUUCAAAUAUGGAUGUAGUGGCAGAGAAAUUGACGAGAUCUAAAAAUAUGUCCGAGGAACUAUCAGGAGUUACUGUUGUAAUAAUUAUAGGAAUGGGUGUCCUUACGUUUUUGUUGCUCUUUAUAUUUGCAAAAAGACAAAUAAUGCGAUUCGCACUGAGAUCUAGGAGAGGACCGCACAUACUUAUUGGUCAUGAUGCUUCAAAGGUAUUAAAAAGAGAAAUUGAAAGAAGGAUUGAUUCAAUUAGAAAAAUUGAAUGUGAACCACAGUUAAUAACAAAAUCUGAUCCAAGAUAUAUUGUAUGUCCCGGGCAACAAAUUCCUGCUCAUUAUUACAGAUUGAAAGCAGUGGAUGACAUUAAAAUAUUAGAAAAUGAAAUUACAAAGCAAGAUAAUUGUCUUUUUCGACAUCCUAGUGAGAAUUUGAGAGCAUACCUCCUCACAACUUUAGCAGCUCCAUUAGAUGGAAGUGGACAAAGAUUAAUACAUGAAUUUUGUGAUAUGUACGAGCAUGCAAGGCAUGACCCUAAUCAUUUUGGAGAUGAAGAGUAUCAGCAAUAUAACAGACUUUUAUUAAAACUACUGGACGCGGCCAAGCUUCUAAAAUCCUACAAUACAAGUAGAAAGUCUUCACCAAAUCGUACCCCUCAGAGGAGGCAUUUGACUGACAGAACCAGAAAUAUACACUCACAUUAUGCUGCUGAAGAUGAAAUAUUAAGUGUAUCAGAACAUAUAGAUUCCAGGCCAACUUCACUGUCCAUUUUAGCUUCUGCUGAUGAUGAAACAUCUGUAUGAGUUUUCCAUUCAAAUGUAUAUAAUUUAUAAAUGUAUUUGUUUGUUAAUUUAAGCAAAAUAAGUUGAUAAAUAAUUUUAUUUAUUCAAUUUCUUAUGCACCAGGACAUUUUUUUUAAAUAAAGAUAUAAAACUAUA